AUGGAGGCGAGCAGUAGCGUGACGGCGAUGCAGAACAUCGACGAAACUCUGUCCGUUCAAAGCGAUUGGCAUUUAGCUCUCAAGUCAGUGAGCUAAUAAUUUCUUUCUCUCUGGAAACUCGAUUGCAAUCUAAUUAGAAGAGUUUGCAAUCUAAUAAGAAAAAACUCUAUUUCGCAAUCUAAUUAGAUUUAAUUGAAGUUCCAGUAAAAUCGUAUUAGAUUACAAUAUAUUUUUCCUGAAUUGCAAUCUAAUAAGAAAAAAUUGCAAUCUAAUUAGAAAACAUUGCAAUCUAAUUAGAAAAAUUGCAGUGAUUGUAAUCUAAUUAGAAGAUUUUGCAAUCUAAUUGAAGUAAAUUCUAUUUCAAACGAGUUCGUAUUAGAUUGCAAAGUUUUCUAAUUAGAUUGCGAUUGAGUUCCCAGAGCUCAAACAAAAAAAAACAUUUCCAGAGAGCCAAUAUCGCAGUUUUUUGUACGAGUGAAGCCGAACAAAGCGGAAAAGUCGGAAUACUUUGAUAUUCAAAUCACAAAGUUGGUGGAUGAGUACGGAUUAGCCGUUUUGCCCGGCAACGGAAACAUCAAAACGUCAGAGUUCACAGACGUCAAUUUGGACGAAAAAGUUGAGUAAAACCAGAAAUACAACUGACUUUUUUUUAAUUUUCAGAAAAAUUUGCACAUAACGUUCCAAGGGAAAACGACAAUCUUCAUGCCGCCGUCGAAAUCCGUUCGCGUCGCAGGACUCACUUCAGCUCCACGCGUCAUUGACUGUUCUUCAGGCGGAAUCACAAUUGUCUGCGCGGACGGCAGCGGAAAAUUCGUCGUUUCAUGUGCCAAAACUGCUCGAUUAUCGGUUGCUUUCAAAAAUGGCUAAAACUCACAAAAAAUAACGUGUGACUAUUCAGAAACUGUUGGAAGGCCACUUGAUGGAUGUCUAUCGGUGCGCCUACUUUCCCUCCGGCCGCGUCGUUCUUUCUGCCGGAAUGGACAUGACACUCCGCAUCUGGACGAGCAACGAAGGGCACUGCGUGCGCAUUUUCAAAGGACAUCGCGGUCCGAUCACCGGAAUCGGAAUCAUCGGCGUCGGCAGAGAUGUUCUCUCGUGCUCGAACGACGGAACCGCCCGUAUGUGGUGCUGCAAUACGUCGAAGACGACAGAAACGUGGAAGUUCGAUGCUGGAAAGUGCAGAGAUCUGAGAAUGUCGGCGGACAGACUCAGGUUCGCAGUGAUCUGUGAAAGGGCGUUGCUCUCUGUGAUUGAUUUGUUCGGGGAUAAGGUAAGUGCGCAUGAAAGUUCAUAACUGAAUCUUAUUUUCCUUUGAGACUCGACGUGACAUUCCCCUGCCGGCGCAACCAUCCGCUCUAUGUUUCUCGGGCGACAAUCACGGAGAAAUAGUUUUCGUUGGAUUCGGGAAUGGCCACGUGGCGGCGUACAGUGUGGUCAGAAAGUGUCAAGUCGGCGACAUCGACACUCGCAGAGGAUGCGUCAACAGUCUCAAGUUCCACAAAGGACGUCUUAUUUGUGCUUUCGAAACUGGCAGCGUGCUCGUCUACCAACUGCCGCCACUUCCGUCCGAUUCCUCGACUACCGCUCCUCCUAACAUUAUCGCCGCCGAAUACGAACUGACCGGCCCCGACUGCGAUCCGAUCUACGACGUCGCUGUUCGCGAAUCGACUGUCUACACUUGCUGUCGUGAUGGACUCGUUCGAAUGUAUAACUUGUAUUUGUAAAUCUGUCGAUUGUAAUUAUUUAUUUGAAGUUUCGGCCAUUCUCUUAUUUUUUGUUUUCGAUGAUUGUCAUCUGAUCUCUCAAUAUCUCUGUCAUAUCUUCAAUGUUCGAUGUAUGAUCGAACCCUUCAGAAUGAGCUGUCUCCGCCCGCUACACAGCCUCUACCUCACACAAAUUAGAUGGAAAACUGUCAAAUUCAAGCCAAAAGUACUUUUAUACUUCUAAUUUUUACAUUUUUGUUUUUCUCAGAUCGCAAAAACGAGACCGCUGAAAACGGCGUCGGCGCAAGCUCUCGAUCACUUUGACUUCUAUUACGGACCGCUUUUCGGUAAGAAAUGGCCGAGCAUCCGGCUUGGACUUCUCUCGCCGAAUCGCUAUCUGGCUGUGAUGAAUACGAUGAGCAGGAACUGGCAAGCGCACGAAGAGAUACUCGCGGACAUGGGCUCCAGAGAUUUUUUGGCCGGAAUCCGCGGAAAAAAUGACCAUGGAGUCAUUGAAACGAAGCGGAAAGCUGUUGAGGAAAGGGCGAAUGAGGAGACGCUGAGGGUGAAGCAGGAGAUUGCGGUAGAAGAGAUAAUCUGGAAGUUGGGCUGACAAAGAAGGACUUCUUUCAGAUUCCCUCCACGUCAUCAGAGCCCUCGGAAGAAGCACUGGAUGCCGAGCAAGAAUCGAUUUUCCGUUCGGCGGCAGGACUCGGCGAGUUCCGAGCCAGUCCCGGAGAACUGUCAUCCGGAUCACUGCAAAUGGGCAAAGGGCCGAUAAAUAACACGAACGUGGAAGUCACCGGAUUCGAGGGAGAAGGCGUUCGCAUUCCGAAGAGGGACCACUUUAUGUACUACCCGACGAACCUGCGGGUGCGCGCCUUCGAACGGGCGGUCCUUCUGGACUUUCCGGCGCCAAUGAAGGACGAAGUUGGCGUUCCCAGCUACUGGCUCCUGGACGGCGGCUCCCUCCUUCCGGUGCUCGCCCUCGGUCUCCAGUCCGACGAUUCCCUGCUGGAUAUGUGCGCGGCGCCCGGCGGAAAAAGUCUUCUCGCCGCCCUCUCGGGCCUUCCCUCAAAAAUUGUGUGCAAUGACUUCAAAUUGGCACGUCUCGGACAACUCAAGCGCGCUCUUAUGACUUACGUGCCUGAGGAUUCUGAAGUGGGACUAUCUCUCCAUAUUGUCUCCGUUCAAUCAACUGUUUUUUGCAGACAAUCGAGAAGUUUGUGCUGAAACGAAAGGACGCGUCAGACGUGAAGACGUGGGACGAAUUCGAGGCCUACGACAAGGUGCUGGCCGACGUUCCGUGCUCGACGGACCGUCUUUCAGUGAGCACCGACGACGGAAACAUCUUCAGCACGGACGCCACGCAGCAAAGACUCGGACUGCCGGUGUUGCAGACCAAGAUUCUAGUGUAAGAUUCAAUUUCUCUGCUGAAAAAAUCGAAUUUUCUGCCCUAAUAGCACCUUAAACUAUGCUGAAUCUAUUUGGACUUUAGAAACGCGCUCCGUUCGGUCAAAGUCGGAGGAUCGGUGGUCUACUCGACAUGCACACUUUCCCCCAGCCAGAACGAGGUUUUCCCUUCUCUCCCCAUCUCCAAAAUAUUUCUUCCUUUUUUAGGCCGUCGUCGAGAACGCCGUGGCCAUCGUCCGCAAAGACUUUGGCAUCGAGACGGUCGAAGAGUCCCUGCACCAGCUGGUGUCCCACAUGACCGCGUCUGGCCUCUACCGCUUCCACGACACGCCCCUCGGCGCGCUCGUCGUCCCGUUCCUCCCGUCGAAUUUCGGACCCAUGUACAUUUGCAAACUGACCAGAUUGCAAUAG